CCACGGAGACACGAAUGACCAAUGACGGUUUGACCACAGGAGCAGCUGGUUUGGCCACGGAUGACGGCUGGCUUGACCACAGUGGAACAGACCGUGGAACAGACUGCAGAUGUCAAAGUAAGUGGCUGACCACCAUGGCUCUGAACAUCCCCGGCGUGGUUGCGGUGGUGGUGUUCUACUUGCUUAUUCUGGGGACAGGGUUCUGGGCCGCCCGGAAGUCCAGGAAGGCUGAGAGGAACAGCCGUGGAAACAGAACCGAAGUGAUUCUCCUUGGAGACAGGAAUAUCAACUUGCUGGUUGGGAUUUUCACCAUGAGUGCUACAUGGGUCGGAGGUGGUUUUCUCCUGGGUCUAGCUGAGGCAGUGUACACUCCCAAACUGGGCUUGAUGUGGGCUCUUAUGCCUAUACAGUAUUCUGUGUCUUUCAUAAUAGGUGGUCUUUUCUUUGUCAAGCCAAUGAGGGACAAGAAGUAUAUCACCAUCAUGGACCCAUUCCAGAGGAAGUACGGCACAGUGCUGAGUGGUGCUCUGGUACUGCCUUCUCUGCUGGUGGAUGUGCUGUGGGUGUCCUGCACUCUGCUUGGUUUAGGAACAACUAUGAGUGUGAUACUGGACUUGCCAUAUAGUUAUUCUGUCUGGAUCUCAUCAGCCGUGGCCAUCAUCUACACUUUGUCAGGAGGCCUGUAUUCAGUGGCCUACACUGACAUCAUCCAGCUCUCUCUAGUUUUCCUCAGUUUGUGGCUGUGUGUUCCCUUCCUUCUGCUCAACCCCAUAUCCACAAACAUUGCCCAGACUGCCUUUAACCACACGUUCCAAGAGCCCUGGGUUGGCACCCUGGAGCAGGAUAAAGUCUUGAGGUGGACUGAUGACUUCCUGAUGCUGGCUCUUGGCAGUGUUGCAUUUCAGAGUUUCCACCAGAGGACGCUGUCUGCCUCCUCAACACUAACAGCCCAGUUAACCUGCUACGCUGCUGCACUUGUCAUCAGCAUACUGGGAGUCCCCCCCAUCUUGGUCGGGGCUGUCGCCGCCUCCACAGACUGGAACCUGACGCUGUAUGGCUCUCCACCUCCAUACAUACGUGGUGAGCAGAGUCUGGUCCUUCCCCUGACCCUACAAUACCUCACUCCAUCUUACAUCUCAAUCAUUGGAAUCGGAGCUGUGGCUGCUGCUGUCAUGUCAUCCACAGACUCCAGCCUCUUGUCUGCAACUUCUGUUUUCUCGUCAAACAUCUACAAGAACAUUUUGCGUAAACAGGCUUCAGACUAUGAAAUACAAUGGGUGAUUCGGGUCACAGUGGUGGUGGUGGGUGUGGUUGGGACAUCCAUAACGUUCUUCACCAAGAGCACCCUGGUCCUCUGGAUUCUUGGAGCAGAUGUUUCCUACACCCUUAUAUUCCCCCACCUGAUCUGCGUGCUCUUCAUUGAAAUGACAAAUGGAUACGGUGCCAUGGUGGGUUACAUCAUAGGGCUGACUGUAAGGAUUUUGUUGGGAGAGAACACUAUAGGUCUUCCUGUCGUUCUUCAACUUCCUGGUUGCACGUUGGAAGAUGGCAUCUAUGUCCAAAAGUACCCGAUCAGAACAGUCUCCAUGCUCUGCACCCUUGUGACCAUCAUAGUGUUUUCCAUGCUGGGUUUGUUCUUGUUCAACCAUGGCCUGCUUCCUGAAAGGUGGGACAUUUUCAAAGUAAAACCCUCCAUUACUGUGUCACCAGCAGAUACUAUCACACAGAAUCUCAAAGAAACUGUUGCAAGUGAUGCAGAGUGUGAUGAAAACAUAUGUGGACUUGCCUUACAGCCAAUGUAGCAGACUGGAUCAUAACCUUUUGUAUUUCCUUUUGUUAAGUUGCUGACCCACAUUUUAUAAUGAUUUUAAUAACUGUAUAAAAAAGUUGCUUUCACAAAGCGGCUUUCCUAUUAGCAGAAAACUUCUAAUGGGUGAUGAGGGAGUUUACACACCUAAAAGCUUUGUGUUUCAUCAUAAAUAUACUGCAUAUUGUAAAUAUUUGUUUUUUGUAUUCAAGAUACAUGAAAAAGUGAUGAUCUCAAAAAACAGGAGAUUACACAAAAUACAAAAGGUAUCAUAGUUUCAUAGGGUUAAUAGGUGAUCAAAGCCAUAAAUGGAUGCAUAAUAUAGUCACACAUAUCACACAAAACAGAGUAUUUCCCCCUCUUCCCCUAGUGACAUCCACCCAUGCAAAUAGUUGUGUUUUGUUUACUGAUAUUAUGUUGCAACCCAAAUACACUGGAGAAAAAUUGUAUUUCAUCUGUGAAAUUGAAAUUAAAUUUGAAUUACUAGGUUUAAGUAAGAAAUUGUUUUUUUUGUGAUUUGGGUGAAGUAACACUUCUAACUCUAGUUUUUGUUUUUGUUUAGCUGGCCUAUUUAAUUCAGUGUUUCUUUUACUCUGUUUCCACCUGAAUGAUAUGACUGACAUGUCAUCCUUUCCUCAGAAAAACUUGUUUUUGAAAGGUAAAGAUGUGGAAGGCUAUAAAUAAAGGUCAUUCAGAUGUUAUACAAUGGAUCUGUCUCUCUCCCUUUCUCUUUCUUUUCAGUAAGGCUGGGGUUAUGCUUGAUACAAAGAAAUUUGUACAAAGUGUCAUCCAACCACGUA